CUCCAGUCCGAGUCCGUGCAUGCAAGUGCUUGAUAACUCAGCUCGCUCUCAGCCAGCCAGCUCUCACUCCCACUCUCACUUAACAACUCGCCCAUGUCCGACGCCAAGCUCACGCUCUACUCCUACUUCCGUUCGUCAGCGAGCGCGCGCGUGCGCACCGUCAUGAACCUGCACGGCAUCGCGCACGACACCGUCUACAUCCACCUGCUGCAGGGCGAGCAAAAGAGCGCGGCGUACACGGCGGUGAACGCGGGCCAAAGCGUGCCGACGCUGGUGGUGCGCGACGCCAGCGGCGAAUGGACGCUGGCCCAGUCCCCCGCGAUCAUGGAGUAUCUCGACGACGUGUACGGCGCCGCGCGCCCGCUCCUCCCGCGCGACGGGGGCGCGGCGGGGGCGCGCGCGCGCGCACACAUCCGCUCGAUCGUCGCCCUGCUCUGCGGCGACCUCUUCCCCAUGCUCAGCAUGCGCACGCUGAACCGCGUCAAAGCCGCCGGCGGACACGUCGAGCCGUGGACGCAGCAGUGCUGCAUGGAGUACCUCACGGCGCUCGAGGCGAUCCUUGUGACCACGUCACGCGGCAAGUACUGUUAUGGCGACGGGCUUACGCUUGCCGACGUCGCGUUCGUGCCGCAGAUGUACACCGUUCUCAGGUACUGCCCCGAUAUUAUGACCAAGUUCCCGACCAUCAAGAGCGUGUUUGAGCAUGUGUCUGUCAUCCCCGAGUUCGUGGCGGCCGACUAUAUGCACCAGCCCGACACGCCCGAGGACCAGCGCCCCAAGUGA